AUGCGUUCCGACAAGCUUCUCGUGCUCGCCGGUCUGGCGAGCUAUGCUCUCGCUCUCCCCACGAAGGACUUGGACCCCCGUACCUUCGGCCUCGUCGCCGAGAUUAUCACUGACCUUGGUGAGGACCUGACCGGUUUCAUCGAGGCCCUCCUUGGCGGCGGUGUCAAGAGCUCCGCAAGCCUCCUCACUGGUAUCAGCGCUCAGGCAGCUGCUGUCCUUGAAGGUGGUGCUCUGGGUUGCACUGCCGGCAAGAUCGAUGCCUCCGCUCGUGCGGAGCUGGCUGCGUGGAUCCGUGCUCAUGCCAGCUUCGAUGCCUCCCUGAAGUCGUCGCUGUUGGCCUGGUGUGAGGGUGAGGACUCUGCCACUUUGUCCGUCGAUGUCCGUGCUGGUCUCGCUCUGUUCAUCCCCACCUGCGCCGAGGUCGCUGCCAAGGGCGACAUUUACGUGACUGUCGACGGUAUCUUCUCUGUUUCCGACCUCGAGGCCGCUGUUGUCCUCAGCUCUUCUUUCCAGUCUACUCUGUCUACUUUCAUUUCCGGAUCCGUUGGUGCUGAAUUGGAUGUCGACAUCAAGGCUGGUCUUUCCCUCUGUGCUGGUGGUGGUGUCGUCGCCGACCUUGCUUCGGAUAUCGAGGCCGCUCUGAAGGUCUGGCUUAACGGCUCCGAGUGCUCUCUGAGCGCCUCCCUCAAGGCUGCUGUCCUUGCUUGGUUGGAGGGCAAGGCUAGCGUGUCUGGCGUUGUUACCAUUGGCACUGUGCCCACUGCUGGUCUCACCACUGUCUCCGUCGGUGCCGCCAUCAACGCCCUUGUCGAAACCUCCGGUGCCCUCACCGCUAGCGCCCAGGCCUACCUCUCUGCCUUCCUCAAGUCCUCCCUCGCCACCGACAUUGAGGCCGAUGUUAAGGUCGUUCUAGAGGCCUGUAUCUCGGGCAAGCUUGCCACUUCCGUCAGCGCCGAUGCCCGUGCUGCCCUGGCAGUCUGGCUCUCUGGCGAUAGCUGCCAGCUGGGCGUCGAGCUCAAGGCCGUUCUCUACUUCUGGCUUUCCUUUGCCCUGAGCGGCGACGUCACCGUUGACCUGUCCACCGACAUUAUUACCGAACUCGAGACCUUCAUCACCGGUACCAUCGACACUCUCAUCGGUGUCAACAUUAGCGGCGUGCUCUCCCUGCUGCUGUCUGGCGAGAGCCUGGCCUCCCUUUCCCUGGAGUCUCGUGCUGAGCUGUCUGCUGUCAUCGGUGGCUGCGCUGGUGUUGAUAUCAGCUCCUCCAUUGAGAUCAUUGUCAUUGAAUGGCUUACCGGCUGCAGCAUCCCCGGCGGUCCUUCUAUCGGCUCUGGCUCCGGCUCCGGCUCCGGAUCUUCC